UAUCGUCUCUACAUAUACUGAGAGAGAUAGAAAUAGAUAGAUAGAGAGAGAGAAAGAGAGAGAGAGUGUAUGUGUGUUUGCCAGAGUGCCAGUCAUUCCGAUCGAAGCGUUUAGUCGGUUUGGUUUCUCAUAUCAGAUUAUUUAAGUAGUAAAUUUAAUGUGAUUAAAUAAUCAGAAUGGGAGCAGUACGAGUAAUUAAUGACGAUCGUCAUUUUCACAGUGAAUUAACCAAUGCCGGACAUAAGCUUGUAGUUGUAGAUUUUACGGCAAGUUGGUGUGGGCCUUGUCAAAGAAUUGCUCCAGUAUUUGAGCAAUUAUCCCUUAAAUAUCCCAAGGCGGUAUUUCUGAAAGUAGAUGUGGACAAAUGCAGAGAAACAGCUGCGAUACAGGAUGUUCAUGCAAUGCCUACGUUUAUCUUUUACCGUAAACGUGCAAAACUGGGUCAGUGUCAAGGUGCAGAUCCAACAGGGCUAGAAUCAAAGAUCCAACAGUUCUAUGGCAGUGGUGACUCUGAGACUGAUGAGUUGGUCACAGAUUCUGUACCUGGACAUAUGGAUCUUUCCUGUUUCAUAAUGAAGCAGCAAUGUGAAUGUCUGAAUGAGUCGGAUUAUCACACUUUUUCUCAGUGUUUGAACUCAGACAGCGGAUACCUACAAAGCGACGAGGAUGAGCAAUUGAUAAUGUCUAUUGCGUUCUCGCAACCUGUCAAAAUUCACUCGCUCAAAAUCAAAGCACCUGCGGAGAAUGGACCGAGAAGCAUCAAACUAUUCAUCAACCAACCUAGGACGAUCGAUUUCGAGAUGGCGAGUUCCAAUACGAGUAUUCAAGAUCUAACGUUAUCAGCUAAGGAUCUUGAAGAAGGGAAUCAAAUUCCUCUACGCUAUGUUAAGUUCCAGAAUGUGCAAAAUCUUCAAAUCUUUGUGAUAGACAAUCAGAGCGGCUCAGAAACAACAAGAAUCGAUCAUUUAAUCAUAAUCGGCUCACCGAUCUCAACUACCAAUAUGGGAGAGUUUAAAAGAGUGUCUGGCAAAAAAGGAGAGAGCCACUGAACUUGUUUAUAAGAACGACCCAUUUUAUCCGGAAUUUCAAUUUGCGUAUUAACAUUCCUUUGUCAUUUCUUUAUUACUUUCUCUUUACAAAAUCUAAUGUAACGACUAUGCAUCUGUAAUAAAAUUUUAUUUGAAUGUCGAAUUUA